CCCUCCCAACAUAAUUUUUCAUAACGAUUUCUUUCAUUCACUCAAAGAUUAGAGGCUCCCCCGCUCCAAGUACCCUCUCCCUCCCCCACCUCGCCACCCUGUCUCUUAGAGUACUUUUUCAAUUUUCUUAUGUGUUAAUUAUGUACUAGACUUCAAACUGGUGAUUAAAACAGAGCACAUCACAAGCAAUGGAACAUGGUGCUGUAGUUCCUCAGGAGGGAGAGGAAAACAUGGACUUGCCACCCGGUUUCCGGUUCCACCCCACCGACGAGGAGCUUAUCACUCACUACCUCUCCAAGAAGGUCAUGGAUGUCAGCUUCAAUGCAAGAGCCAUCGGAGAGGUCGACCUGAACAAGUGGGAGCCAUGGGAAUUGCCUUGGAGAGCAAAGAUGGGAGAGAACGAGUGGUACUUCUUCUGCGUGAGGGACAGGAAGUACCCAACUGGUUUGAGAACCAACAGGGCCACUGAGGCUGGCUACUGGAAAGCUACAGGGAAAGACAAGGAGAUCUACAGAGGGAAGAGCCUUGUUGGGAUGAAGAAGACCCUUGUCUUCUACCGAGGCAGGGCUCCAAAGGGAGAGAAGUCCAAUUGGGUCAUGCAUGAAUACAGACUAGAGGGGAAGUACUCUGUCUACAACCUCCCCAAAACGGCAAAGAAUGAGUGGGUGAUAUGCAGGGUGUUCCAAAAGACUUCAAGUGGGAAGAAAGCCAUGGGGUUGGUGAGGGUGGGAUCAUCCUUUGGAGAAGAACUGGACUCAUCUCUUCUGCCACCAUUGAUGGAGGCUCCCUUCACCAGCGAGAACAAGACCUCAUCGGCAUCAGAUCUGGCUCACGUGACCUGCUUCUCCAACUCAGUGGAGGGUCCAAAAGUCCAUGAAGAGCUGCUAGCUGAGUACCUCAACUCCCCUUUUCUCUCUGCCUCGGCCAACCCUUCAGAGGCGCCGCCACCCUCGCUGCUUCUGGCCAAGAUGUCGCUGCCAAGCUCAUCGCAUGCUAGCCAAGGGGCUCCGAGUUUGGGCGGCUUGCAGUAUUCUGGUGGCAGUUUGGUGCAGUUGCUGGAGAGCAAUGGGUACGGCCUGAAACGGAGCUUCAAGUCAGAGAGGGAGAUGCUAAGUGUCUCACAGGAAACGGGGCUCACCACUGACAUGAACCCUGAGAUCUCUUCAGUCGUGUCUAACAAUGACAUGGGAAGGCAGUCUUUUGAUAGCCAAGAAGUCCCAUCUAUUUCAGCUGGGCCUCUACACAUUGAAGAGUCUCUGUGGAACUACUGAAUUUAGUUUAGAAGGAAGCGCGCAGAUAGAGAGAGAGAGAGAGAGACCCAGGGGGUGUGUGGCAGUGUGUUCUAGUAUUGGCUUGUUUGUUUUGUUUGUAAAUCAGAUGGCUUGUGUAUACAUUUUCUGAACCUCCAAUAAGAUGAUUGAAAGAAGAUUGUAGUGUUUGAAGAUUA